AUGUCUUCUCAGCUAGAGGAGACCUGCCAGGGGUCAGGAGCGGCCUCCAGGCGAGCCUUGGGGCCCCCAUCAGACCCUUCUACCUCGUACCCUUCAAGUGGCACAAAAGGUCUCACGUCCCUGAGGGCCUUUAACCUGGACAUCAGCAGGACGUGGCUCACUCCUCCUCCCGGCCAGGGCCCCCAAGUGCGGGAGGUCCUGCUGCAUCAGAACAAGGGCAAGAACCAGACCCGGCUCCUUGUUACCGGGCCCUGGAUGGAGCAGGGAGCCAGCCACCUGCACAGCUGCGGGCUCAGCCAGGGGGACCAGAUCCUCUGCCAGCCCCUCAAGCACGCGCCCGCUCCAGAGGGGCCCCACGCCCAGGUCUCUCUUGCUCAGGGCCCAGACGACACGGUGGUGGGGAGGGGGUCCCUGUCACCCUGCUCAGGGGAGGGGGUCCCUGUCAGUCACCCUCACACACAGCAGCAGGUCACCACUGCCCCCUGCAGGGCACUGACGCCCGGUCUCCCCUGUACCUGGCCCAUCUCUCGGCAGGUGUGUGCCCAGGUGAAGAGGCGAGGGCGCCCCCGGAGCCUGUUCCCGGAGCUGAAUGGGGCCUGUGGCCUUCUGGGGCCAGACCUGGGCCUGCAGAGCAGCUUCAGCUUCCCAGCUGAGCCUCGGGAAGAGGGCCGGGGGGGCGGGGCCAGCCUUGGCACCUCCACCUUGUUUCCUGAAGAGAGCCCCCCAGGCCGAGCGGGGGGGGGCGGAGACCCUGCUCACCCCUUCCUGGCCCUGGAAGCCGCCACCAGAAGCCCUGACCAGGAGCGGCCCAACCCUCACCGCAACAAGCGGGCCCUGGAGGAGGAUGAGGAGCCAGGCACAGAGAUCGCCAUUGUCUUGGACGGCUCCGGAAGCAUAGACCCCCCCGACUUCCAAAAGGCCAAGGACUUCAUCUACAACAUGAUGGAGACCUUCUACACCAAGUGCUUUAAGUGCCGCUUUGCGCUGGUGCAGUUCGGGGCCGUGAUUCAGACCGAGUUUGACCUGAACGACAGCAGAGACGCCCACGCCGCCCUCCAGAGGGUCAGGAACGUAAGCCAAGUGAAGGAAGUGACCAGGACCGCCUCGGCCAUUCAGCACGUGCUGGACUCCAUCUUCACCCCCAACCAGGGAUCCCAAGAGAACGCUUCCAAGGUCAUUGUGGUGCUGACGGACGGCGACAUUUUCAACGACUCCCUGGACCUAAGCACGGUUAUCCAGUCUCCUUCCAUGGCGGGCAUCGAGCGCUUCGCCAUUGGGGUGGGAGAUGCCUUCAACAAAACUAAGGCAAACCAGGAGCUGCACCUGAUCGCCUCGGACCCUGACGAGACCCACGUCUUCAAGGUGACGGACUACUCGGCUCUGGAUGGGCUGCUGGGCAGCCUUGAGCAAAGGAUCAUCAGUGUAGAAGGCGCUGUGGGAGAAGCCUUACAGUUCGAGCUGGCCCAGGUCGGUUUCAGCGCCCACGUCCUGGGCAAGCAGCAGGUCCUGCUGGGAGCUGUGGGGGCCUUUGACUGGGCCGGGGGGGCCAUGCUGUACAACACGGAGAGCCACCAGUUUCGCUUCCUCAAUGAGUCUUUGGCGAGCCACACUGCCCAGUACAGCUACCUGGGCUACUCAGUGGCGGCGGUGAAGAGCAGCCGCGGCACCUGGUACCUCGCGGGCGCCCCCCGGCACGGCCACAAAGGCAGGGUGCUCUGGUUCCGGCCGGAGGAUCCAGCCCGAGGCUUCCUCCCCGUCCUGGAGGGAGAGCAGAUGGGCUCCUACUUCGGCUCGGAGCUCUGCGCGCUGGACGUGAACGCGGACGGACUCACGGACCACCUGCUUGUGGGGGCCCCCUUUUAUCACGUCCUCGGGGAAGAGGGCAAGGUGUACGUGUACCGCGUGCACGCGCAGGUAAGGGGCUUUACCCCCAGCGCCACCCUGAGCGGCAGGCCCCAGUUUGCCUUUGCGAGGUUCGGGUUCGCAAUAGCCGCCGUAGGAGACCUGGACCGGGACGGGCUGGGCGACGUGGCCAUCGGGGCGCCCCUGGAGGGCUUCCCCGCAGAGGGCCCCGCCAGCUUCGGCAGCAUCUACAUCUACAACGGGCUCCCCCAGGGCAUCGCCAGCAGCCCCUCUCAGUGGGUGCGAGCGGCCGGCCUGGCCCCGGGCCUGCGGUAUUUCGGGGUCUCCAUCUCUGGCGGCGGCGACCUCUCGGGAGACGGCUUGGUCGAUGUCUCCGUCGGCUCUCUGGGCCGGGCGGCCGUGUUGCGCUCCAGAGCCGUGGUCAGGCUGCGAGCCUCCAUGACCUUUGCCCCCAGCAUGAUGAGGCCCGGGGACCCCCAGAACAUCAACUCCACCCUGUGCUUUAAAGUGACCCCAGAGAGGCCUGGAAAAGGGGCCGAGGAGCUGUCUCUGAACGUGACCGUGGAGCUGGACGUGAGCAAGCGGUGGAAGCGAGUUCUGUUCCAAGAUCGGAGCCCCAGGAGCCAGCGGGACUGGCUCGUCCCCGGCUGCAGCAGAUUCCUGCUCCUCCCGAUGGAGGGAGAGGUCUGUGACCACGACUGCUUCUCCAACAUCACGGUCAAGGUCAGCUACCACUUAAAUCCCCUCGGGGGCCGGGGGGCCUCCCCCCGGCCGGUCCUGGAUGAGCUCAGCGAGCCCACGGCCCACUUCCAGCUGCCCUUCGAGAAGGACUGCAAGAACCAGUCGGCCUGUGUGGCAGAACUAAAGCUGACGGCGCGCCUGUCCCCGGAGACCAUAGUGGUGGGGGUCACUAAGGAAGUGACGAUGAACAUUCAUCUUGCCAACGCCGGGGAAGACUCCUUUCUGACCAGAAUGACUCUGGUGCACCCUCCAAACCUACAGCUGAAGAGGAUCCAAAAGCCUUCCUCCCCCGCCGUAGAGUGCGCAGAUCCCACACCCGCCCCCCGUGUCCUGGUUAUGAGCUGUAAGAUCGGCUCGGCUGUGUUCAAGACGUCACACGUCAACUUUUCAAUAACUUGGCAACUAGAUGGAAAAACAUUUCCCAGUGAAACAGCAGAAAUUACCAUUAAUGUCACCAAUGCCAACGGUCAACCCCCAGUGAUCAAGAGACAGAAGCUUCAGGUCAAGUACAUCCUUGUGGUAGCUCUCGAUAAGGUCCCUACACCCAGCUCUGCUCUUUUUGUGCCUUCCACCCGCAGAUCCCUAGUGAUGUACGUGGAUACCAGCCGAGGCCUCCCCGAGUACAAAGAAUUCCAAUUUAACAUCCACGGGGAAAAUCCCUUUGGAGCCAAGUUUGUGUUUGAGGUCUGUGUUCCAACCAAAAUGCAAGGCCAUGAAAUCAUAACCCUGAAGAACAUAACAGCCACACAGUGCCGCCAGAAGCCAGGGUGCAGGAUCCGCCUCCCAGGAGGGCUCUCCGAGGCGCCGGACCUGCAGUGGCUGCAGCUGAGCUGCGCGCUGUCCCGGAUUCCCUCCGCGGUGCGCCUAGGAGCCCAGCUGUCCCCGCAGCUGCCCAGGGCUCCGGCGGUGCUGUGCAUCCCUCCUGUCUCCCACGCAGCUGCCCAGGGCUCCGGCGGGCCGCCUGCCAGGCAGGGGAAGGAGAGCGCUCCCGAUGCACGCACAGGCACCUCCCUCUCGCCCUUCUGCCGGGGAGGGGGAGGGGACGGGGUCUCGUUGGGAGCCGCGUCUUCCAGGCCCCUGGCGGGCUCAGCCUCAUCCCGCAUCCUUUGGAUGCAGAAGCCAAAGAGGGCAGAAUCCUUCAAGUUCCAGGAAGGCGGCAAUGGGCAGCAGAGACUGUUGCAGGAAAACUCUGGCCUCUGUGAAACAGCCACUUUUGGGCCCCGGGACCGUGUGAUCGGGAAGAACUGGUGCCGGUGCCUAGAAGUGGGUGGGGACCUUUCCCCUUGCUCUUACCCGGCCGAUGCUUUGCUCUUCUUGUGCCAGAAUAUCACUGUCCUGCUGGAGGACCACGGGGUCCACAUCUUGCCCAUCAUCCUGGGAAGCAGCGCCGGGGGCAUUCUCCUCCUGAUUGGGAUCAUUGCCAUUCUCUGGAAGUGUGGCUUUUUUAAGAGGAAAUACCAGGCUAUCACCGCAGAGAGCAGAAGGAACUCCCAGAACCCAGAAAAGCUGAUCCAAGAUGAAAACUAGGGCCCUGCUCCUCCGGAAUCAUGGAAGAGGCUCGGCAGCCAGGCCGCAUUAGUGUUGGAUGUUGUCAUUAAGAUUUAACCUUCCCGUAAAACCAUGCUUCUCCUUUGACCUAGAAAUACUACUGCUAGCUCUGCGUCCCCAAAGAAGGUUUUUUUAAAGGGAAAAAAAAUCUGUACCUACAAAAAUAUUCAUAGCAUCUCUUUUCUGGUGGUAAAGAAUUGGAAAUUGAAGGGGCAGUUGGGUGGUGCAGUGGCUAGAGCCCCAGCCCUGAAGUCAGGAGGACCCGAG